AUGGGCGAUGCGCGUUGGUUCUGGCUCCGUUGUUUGGGAUUUUGCCUUUGGAGAAUAACGGCUACCACUACUUUGACUACGGCGGCAGGGUCAUCUCCUCUCAGGAAUCAGCCCCCCUAUUAUCGGCCCUGGAAUGAGUCAAGGGUCUGCCGGCCACAUCACGGACCUCUUCCCCCCUCUGAUCACCAGAGCUACUUUGAUGCCACUGGGAUGAGCUGGGUAGCUGCCCACUUCUCAGGGGCUAUCAGCUCUCUAGUCUAUACACCGAGCCCGAGCCCGUUCGUCUAUUUGUUCCUGGCGCGCCAAGCUGUCUCCAUCGCACGGCUUCUGGCUGGAUCAGGCAAUUCACCGCGCCUCGGACUUUCCACCCGAGCAUCCGCCCCACCCGCGCCUCGCUCUUCUGCCCGUAUUUCCGUCAAACUCUUCAACUCGCUGGUCCGCUGGUCUUCCGUAUCCGUAUCUCCUGGCUCCGGCUCAUCUCCGUUCGUUCCUUUGGUCUUCUGUGUCAGACAUUGUCUUGCUGAGAUAAGUCCCAUUCUUCUUACUCUUCUAGCGACUUCUAGGGUUCCUCGGAUCGGGGUUUGCGGCACUAGAAGGCAAUUUCUCGUUCAUGGCGUUGCUUAUGGAUCUGUUCUCACCGAUCGCCUCUGUCGUCAUCAGCUCGUGGAGACAUGCUCGAAGGAGAUUGGCAUGUUCUCAGUGCCAGCCAGCCGUCCGGGGAUUUUGGCCAGAGAGAUCUCGUCGUAUUUACCUCAUGUAGCAUGGAUUGACGGCCAAUCUGGAAAUGACGUGGCUGGCCUGGCCUGGCCAUUUACCACGCCCGUUAUCCUUGCUCGUGCAGGUGCAGCCCAGUGGUCCGACCUUUUCUUUGUCUCUCGCGCGUCAUGCCGUCAUGGAUCGUCGCACGCUUUGAUACUACGUGGGACAACAGGAAGCGGCGGAUGUCUCCCUACCCACUUCGCUCCACUCUUGCUCCGACUCUAUCCUCAUCGCGGCAGUCACACCAACAGCAUUACUCGAGGGAGAGAGAGCAUGCUUUCGCUUAGCCUCGCUCGUUCUCCCGGAAGCCCGAAGAUAGACAACCAGAUAUUUUCCCUCUACUAUCCUACUACUGGGUACAUCACAGCGGGAAGGCUUGAAAAAGCAAGCGCCAAGAUAAUUCUCGAACUUCAGAUCAGCUGUUCGCCCGCGCCACCGGGUGGCGACUGCUUUGGGGGGAAAUCAUCUAUCAUUCGUUCGGUGGGCUGUGGACGGGAGGGUCGGUGGUGGACGUCGUGGUGGGAUUGCCCUCGUGGGUACCGGGCAGUGUGGAUUCAGGGUCCUUCCUACUACUCCGAUGGGCUGGGUCCUAGUACUACUUUACUCACUCCGAGUCACCUUUGCUUUGUUCCGACGGUUGAUCCUAUUUGUGCGUGCAUUGAUCCUGCCUGA